GCCUUUAUGAGACUCGGUAAAGUGGACAAACAAGAUAUUUCAUGCCAAUAUCAGUAGCUGGCAUCUCACGGCCACUCCGCAGGUACUCCUAUAAAGACUGGCACAUGGACCUCCAGUCGUCACAAGCUCCACCAGGCAACAUGAAAUUCGUGAUCAUCGCCGCCCUCGCCGCCGUGGCCUUCGCCGCCCCCGACAGACCCUACAGCUAUGCCUCUGUGGGAUCCAGCGAGGAGGCAGAGAUCCUGCAGCACGACUUCGAUCUCCAGGACGACGGCAGGUACAACCUGGAGGUGAGGACCAGCAACGGCAUCUCUGUGUCCCAGCACGGAAGCCCAGACGGCCCCGAGGGCGCCGUGGUCAAGAGUGGAGUGUUCUCCUACACCGCCCCUGACGGCACCCCCGUUGAGGUGAAGUUCGUCGCUGACGCCGGCGGCUACCAGCCGGACUCUGACUUGCUGCCCGUGGCCCCCGAGUUCCCCCACCCCAUCCCCGAUUUCGUGCUGGCCCAGAUUGCUAAGGCGGCCGAGGAGGACCGAAACCGCUCUCCCGAGGACAGAUACACCUAUGCCUAAACACCCGCCAUGAACAAAUGCUCCACCACAAGGGCGAAACUCUCCUUCCCUACUCAUCUAUUUAUUACUAUUGUUGACAUUGAACAAUAAAACCUUUCAUGUAA